AUGUUCCUCAACUGGAAGACGUUUACUCUAGCCCUAGCUACCUAUAUGUGUUCUUUUGUUGCGACCUCAGCCAAGGGGACAAAUUCCGGCCUCUCUGGCGCCGGUCUGUACGGCAUUUCCUUCACUCCUUAUACCUCCAGCGGCACCUGCAUGUCCCAGGAUGAGGUCACUAAAAGUCUUCAGCGCAUCAAGAAAAUGGGCUUUGACUUGGUCCGUGUCUACUCGACCGACUGCAAUAGCCUUGAGCGCAUUGGCUCAGCCUGCAAGGAGCUCGACAUUAACGUGAUUCUUGGCGUCUUUAUUGGCAGCUCCGGCACUUCUGGCGCCCAGGAGCAGGUCCAAGCUAUCUCCCACUGGGCUCAGUGGCCCAUGGUUAAGCUCAUUGUGGUUGGUAAUGAGGCUAUACAGAGUGGCUGUACCAGUGCCUCCAAGCUCUCUUCCUUCAUCUCCUCUGCUAGACGGACCUUCAGGGCCGCUGGUUACUCUGGCAAUGUGACCACCAGCGAGCCCCUUGCUAUCUGGAAGAAGCACGGUGUCUCCACUCUCUUAUGCAGCCAGGUCGAUAUUGUCGGGGCUAACGUGCACCCGUUCUUCAACGCUAAAUUCACCCCUGCUCAGGCUGGUGUGUUCGCCCGCUAUGAGUAUAGCGAGCUUGCGAGAAUUUGCAAAAAGCCCGUGCUCAUCCUCGAGACCGGCUGGCCCAACGCUGGUGACGCCAACGGCCUUGCUGUCCCUGGUGUUGCUGAACAGAAGACUGCCAUCACCGCCAUUGCAAAGAACAUGGGUCCUAAAUCCGUCUUCUUCUCCUACUCCGACGAUCCCUGGAAGCCCCCCGGGGAGUUCAACGAGGGGCAGCACUGGGGUUGUCGCUCUGUCUUCUCGUCACGCCGUCCCUCGUUGAUGGAGCUCGUGGGCUCUACAUUGUUCAAUUUAUACAAGAGAAUUCAGGGAGUAUAUCCUUUUGCUAAUCUUUGA